CAGCGAUCGCCGUGGUCCAAGGUUCGGAUCUCGCCGGAGACCAUCGAUGGCAGUAUCCUCGAUGAAGAAGCUCAACGUGAACGGCGGAGGAGGCGGUGGAUCGGUGAAGCAGGUGGACUCUGAGACAGAGGCGUCACAGAGGCUGGUGGAGGCGGUGCACAGUGGAGAUGCUCGAGCAGUGGCGGAGUUAUUGGCUGAUCCGAUGGUCGACGUGAACUACGCCGGCGCCGUCUGGCUCCGGCUCCGGAGACCAGAGGUGGUGCUCCGUGAGGAGGUCUCCGAUGAGGUCCGGAUCGAGUACGAGGAGCUUCGCACCGAUGCUUCCCCUCUCUUCCUCGCCUCUCACUCCGGCAGUCUCGCUCUAGUUCGGAAGCUCCUGAGUGUAGGAGCAGAUGUGAACCAGAAACUGUUCAGAGGGCACGCAACGACGGCGGCAGCGAGGGAAGGGCGGAGAGACGUCCUGGAACUACUAGUGAAGGCGGGCGCAUCGCAACGCGCAUGCGAGGAAGCUCUUCUUGAAGCCUGCGCUCAUGGGCAUGCAAAGCUUACCAGGUUACUCAUGGACUCUGAUCAGAUUCGGCCCCAGGUCGCCGUUCAUGCGCUGCUCACUGCUUCGUCUCGUGGCUUCGCCGAUGUUGUGCAAACCCUCAUAAAGUGCGGAGUAGAUGCAAAUGCAGCAGGCCGUGUGCUACUUCGAUCUCUAAAGCCAACCUUACACGCUAACACAGACUGCACUCCGCUAUUCGCUGCCAUUGUUGGUAGACAGGAGAGCGUUGUCCGGCUUCUCUUGCAGGCGGGAGUUAGAACGGACGUGAAGGUUAGUCUUGGUGCAUGGUCUUGGGACACGACCACCGGUGAGGAGUUCCGAGUGGGAGCAGGGCUCUCAGAGCCCUACAAUGCAGCCUGGUGCGCAGUUGAGUACUUUGAAUCCACAGGCUCUAUUCUUCGCAUGCUUCUUCAGCAUUACUCUCCCAAUGCAUUGCACUGUGGACGUAGUCUUCUCCAUUAUGCAAUCCUUUGCUCCAACCAUCGCGCCAUUGACACGCUCUUGGCUUGUGGAGCUGAUUGUGAGCUCCGUGUUAAGACCUCAGGGAAGAAUGAAUUCCGACCACUUCACAUGGCUGCCUGGCUUGGCAAUCUCAAGAUAUUGCAGAGUUUGAUUGAUGCUAAGUGUGAUCUUAAUGCUAGGAUGGAUAGUGGAGAGACAGCGUUGAUGCUCUGCGCACGUUUCAAGCAUGAAGAGUGUUUUCGGGUUCUUGUAUCUGCUGGUGCUGAUCUCGGCAUGGUCACUUCAACUGGUGUAACUGCAUCCCUCAUUGCAGCUUCAAACAAGUGGAGUUUUACUUACCAGCAAACGCUGCUUAACUUGAUCCAUUCUGGAAGAAUUCCUGGAUCAAGCAAUACCAACAUCUUCUCUCCGCUAAUGUUUGUUGCUCACCAUGGUGAUGUUUCGGCUUUGGAUGUUUUACUGAAGCAUCCAGGUAUUGAUCUUGAUGAGCAAGAUGAGAAUGGAUACUCUGCCAUCAUGAUCACAGCUCAAGAAGGCCAUAUUGAUGCUUUCCGCUCCUUAGCAUUUGCUGGUGCUAAUGUGAAGCUGCGCAACAAAGCAGGGGAGACAGCCAUCAGUAUCUUUCAGUCUAGCAAGAACAGAGAUCUUUUUGAGCAGGUGAUGCUUGAGUCUGCGUUGGAGAAAGGUAAUGCCGAAGAGUUCUAUGCGUUGCAUUGUGCAGCUCGGCAGGGAAACAUGGCUGCAAUGCGUCUCUUAAUGAAUUUAGGACUUGAUGUUAAUGGCAUCAAUGGUGAUGGAUACACUCCACUGAUGCUAGCAGCCAGGGAAGGGCACAGUACCAUUUGUGAACUAUUGCUGGCAUGUGGAGCAGAGUAUGACAUCAGGACGCCGGAAGGAGAGACAGCACUCUCACUAGCACGGGUGAACAAAGUGUUUGACAACAAAGCAGAGGAUGUGAUAAUGGACGUAAUGGCAAUGGACUUGGUUUUGCAAGGAAGUAGAGUGAAGAAGCACACUAAAUUUGGAAAGGGAAGGCCUCAUAAGAAGAUGCUGAAGAUGGUGAUGGACUUGGGCGUGCUGAGAUGGGGAAAAGCCAGGCGUAGGAAUGUGGCAUGCAGGGAGGCAGAGAUUGGUGGCAGCUUGUCCUUCUUGAAAAAUAGGAAGAGAAAGGGUGAUGGUUAUGAACCGGGACUUUUCAGGAUAGUGACAAUGAAGGGCAGGGAAGUGCAUUUUGUUUGUGACGGUGGAGAUGAGAUGGCCGAGCUUUGGGUGAGAGGGAUAAAGCUUAUCAUUAGUAAGAGUGGCAGACAAUGGCGAUGAAUGUUGUAUAAUAGAUACUCAUCGACCUUGAAGUAGCUUAGGUGUUAAAAGAGAUAAGAUUCUUAGGUGCUAAAUGGGCCCACUAAUAUUGGCCAGAUGAUUCAGUGAGGCUUUAAGAGCCUCACAAAGCACCAGCACCACAAGUUAGCAAGGGAGCUUCUUAGAGACCAUGGGGUGCUCUGGAGGCCUCUUACUGUCCCAGGAUCAAGGCCUUUUCUCUCCGGCAUCGGAAUUUCUCGAGGCUCUUCUUUGUGUCCAGGUUCCUUACAAAACUCCACAUUCUCCUAUGCAUUCUUGGCUGAAAAUUGGUUCUUUGGUUGGUCUUGCGGUCUGUUUCUUAGUUUGUGAAGUUAGUGGAGAAGUCUCCGAAAAUUUCACUUGUUUUUGAAGUGAAUUUUUAACUGUAUAGCAUAUUUGACAGGUUUUAUUUUGUUAUUUUUUUAAUUUUUUUGUAUUGUGACUACUGUAUGAAUGAAAGGAUAGUUGUUUGAGUUUGCUAGUGAAGAUGAUUUUGUUAAUUUGUUCUGUUCUUUUCAAAUGGAAUGCAAUGCAAUUUCUUUUUUUUUUUCCA